GGAGGAAGAAAUUUGCCUAUGAUUUAUGGGGAGAUACAAUUAAUACAGCUUCAAGAAUGGAAUCUAAUUCAAUUCCAGGAAGAAUUCAAAUUUCCAGAUCAACCUAUGAAAGAGUUUAUGAUUUGGGUUUCACUUUUGAAGAAAGACAUUUAAAUGUGAAAGGAAAGGGUGAAUGUAUUGCUUACAUGUUGCAUGAGAAACAUCACACUCCAGCUCUUGUUCCAUCCUUCACUGACAUGUUGAGAACAAGUUUAAACAUUUUACAAAAGAAAAAUUCUGCAAAUCUUGAAACAUUGAAUGAACCCAAAACACCAACAAGAAACAAUGAUAAUAUUACCUUGACAAUCAAUCAAGAAGCCUACCUAUCUCCAAAUAAUACUUUGGAGUAAUUUAUUUUGAGCUCUGUUAUGAACAAAGAUGAGUUCUAAAUGAAAGACCUCCAGUGAAUAGGCUUGCCAAACGAGGUGCAAGAUUAAGCAACAAAUCCCAAAAUGAGAAUUGAUUGUGUUUACACUCCGUAAUUCACAUCAGCGGUGUUGCUCAGUUUGGAAGAAAUUCAAAUGGUUCAUAUUGAGAUAUUUCACUUUGAUAGUUUGAUAGGGAUGAGUAUAUUCUGUAUUGACUUAAUAAAUUGUAGUUAACCAUCAGUUUACUUC